AUGGCCUGCCUCUAUUUACUCAACUGGUGUCUACAUCGAAUUUUAUUGGCAAACUGGGUUCAAAAUACGGAGGACCAACAGACAAUGAAGUUGAUUGAAAAAAAGCGAGGACCAAAUAAUCAAAUACCUUUGAAUUAUUUUAAGAUGAAUGACGUUAUUUUGAAGGUCAGUGGACAUUUUUCAAUUGAUAGUGGCAUUACGUUAAAGUACUACGAGACGUACUGGGUAUUUAGUGUGACACGCUUAUCAGCAAUAGAUACAGGGUUGUGGUUUACGGGACUUUAUUUAUGGAUCAUAUGGAUUGAUCUACGCGUUAAACUGAUCCCAGACACGUUCUUCCGCCACGUAGAUAACGGUUGUUGUUGUCAAUCGUAA